AUGUAUGAAACAUCAGAAUAUCACAAAAGGAUUUUCACAUCAACAACUUGUACUCAGCAAAUUGAUUCACUUGGGAAUGUAUUAUAUGGUGCUGGAUCUGAUCUUAUCAAAAGUGAGCUUGGUGUUUAUGGGGAGAAAUUUUUUGGUUCAAGUUCUGCCUAUGUUCAAAGCAAUAUUAGCAGAUACAUUUCGAAUCCUCAGUACUAUUUUCAAGUGAAUGAAGAAUACGUGAAGAAUAAACUGAAGGUGAUUUUAUUCCCAUUUCUUCACAAGGGACAUUGGAUGAGAACUGCUGAUUUGGCUGGAGGAGAAUUUUCAUUUAAACCUCCAAUUUAUGAUAUUAAUGCACCUGAUUUGUACAUUCCAAUUAUGGCUUUUGGUACUUAUUUGGUUCUUGCUGGCUACUUCUUGGGCAUUACCACCAAAUUUAGUCCAGAAGCUUUAGGUGUACAAUUCACAACAGGACUACUUUGUUGGCUUUUGCAAAUCCUUUUACUUGAGGCAACAUUACACUCUUUAGGAAGUGGAGAAGUGCCACUUCUUGACAUGGUUUCCUAUGGUGGCUACAUUUUUGUAGCAGCAUCAGUCAUUUUAAUUGCUAGGAUUAUUUGGGAUUAUGCAUUUCAUUUAAUUACAUUUUUUGAAUGCUUUUGCAUGGGAAUUUUCUUAAUAAAAACCAUGAAAAGAAUCCUAAUUGCAGAAGUUAGGCGCUUUGAGAAGCAUUCCACUAAGAGAAAUUACCUUUUGCUUUUCAUGGCUUUGUCUCAAAUUCCUUUGCUUUUUUGGUUGGGAAAUGUUGGUGUUGGAGCUAAGUGA